ACUUCGACCCCGAAAUCUGGCUCGUCUCCUCCAUUAAACAUCUCGCCAGAUAAACUCCGAUCUCUCCCUCUCUCUCUUUCUUUCUAUCUCUUUGCCUGUCGACCCUCUUCCUAAAGAUGCAAGCCUUCUACAUAUUCGUCGUCUCUCUGCUUCUCACUCUUAAUUCGAGGGGAGAAGCCAGUGGUUCUGUUUUCUUCAUAGAUGGAUCCAACAACCAAUAUCUUCGUCCACGAUCAGAGGUGCUUCCCAUGUCGCUCUCUGAAAUAUCUGCGUCAGUGUCCGCCUUGUUGGGUUUUGCACCACCAGCUACUUUGACAGCUGAUGGCUCAUCCAAGCUGAAUAGGAUUCUAAAGCCUAAUCCAUUUGAGAGGCCUCGUGCUGCUUUUGUCCUAGAAAUCGCUGGAGCUGAUGCGCUUGUGGAAACCCACACUAGUCAUUCUUUCUUGGGGAAUGCCAUAAGGAGCAGUAUUAGUUCUGAUUCUUACAAAGCAGAGAUUGAACUUCCAGAAAGUGAAGUGGCUGUUGUGUCUGUCAAUGAACCCACGUCUGAUGCGAUUGACAAAGACAUGAAUGAGUUUGCAUCUUGGUUGGGUGGAUCAUAUGUCGCUGGCUCUGCUGAACCAUUGACUGGAUUGUUGAGAAUCCCUCUGGCUGGUGGUGCUAAUGUGGAAUUCCAUUUGGAAAAGGAAGCAGAGAGGAAAUUUGCGUUGAACCUUUUGGAUCUAUAUAAGAAUAUCAGACGGGCAGUCAACCUUCACGAGGAUAUAUCUAAUGGUAUUGAGAGACCUGCUGAAUUAACUGUUGGACGCUUUGGCGGCAUCGAUGCUUUAGCACAGGAGUAUGGGAAAGGUAUGGCUAAGCAAGGGAUGGAUGUAUUGCUUGCCACACUAUCAAAGCUAUUCGACCUGUUGGAGACAUCUCAUAAAGGCCAAAUUGUUGGGGUGAUCGUCCUUGAUGAGAGAGUAAAUCAAGAAUCAGAAAAUCUGCUGAGCGUUGAGCCUUCUUCUCGUUCAUCUGCACGCUCGAUGGCUGAGGUAGAGGGAAUUCCAAGUGCAGCCAUUAUCGCUGAAGUUAUACUUGUUAGGCUGACACUUGCUUGGUUGACUGGAAUAAUCCUGCUCAUUGCCACUAUCCUUGGGGUGUACUUCCUCAUGAACAUGCCUUUGACUAAGGACACGCUUCUAUAUUCAAACGUGAAGCUCGAUUAAGACAUUAAAUAUGAAUCAUCUUGAGUUUGUGUGUAUCAAGCCGUGUUUCUCAGCUGGCCGCAUUUGAAAACCAGGUCUUAUUUGAAUGUUUUAAGAAAAAGGAUUACACUUUUUGUGGUCAGACCAGUGGAUGUGUAUAUUUGCCAUAAGGUUACAUUCUCGAUUUAUAAUUUAUUUUCUUCUUACAUACAUGUGAGUCUCAGUGCUAAUAAUAAAAGAACACUUCAUGUAAUCUUCUGUUUCCUGUAAGAGCUUCAUGGAAUCUGAAUGGAUUAUCUCAAUUU